AUGUCUGUGAUGUUGCAGACACCUUCUCGAGCUUCUACCGGAUCCAACUCUUCCUUCCAACCUCUUUCCCGACAAAACACCAUGUCUUCCUACGAGGGCUCACGGUCCGCCCGCCAGUCCAAGCGGUACUCCAUGUCGGCCUUGUACAUGUCCAUGUCCGCCAAUGAGUCCGACCUCAUAAUCGAAGAUGAGCUUGCUAGAGCCCAAAAGGUCUUGCGGGACCUCAAGACCAAGAUCUCUUCGCAAUCGAAAAAGAACUUCGUGCUUGAGAAGGACGUUCGCUACCUGGACUCGCGGAUUGCCCUGCUGAUCCAAAAUCGCAUGGCUUUAGAAGAGCAAAACGAAGUCGCUAGUCACCUGGAAGACGCAACCGAUAUACAAGAAGGCUCCUUCCCCAACGACGACAGAACACAAAAAUACGGGAAUUUGCUCUUCCUGCUGCAGUCCGAGCCCAGGCAUAUCGCGCAUCUGUGUAGACUUGUCACCAUGGCCGAGAUUGAUUCACUGCUUCAGACGGUUAUGUUCACCAUCUACGGAAAUCAAUACGAAAGCCGUGAAGAGCAUCUGCUCUUGACCAUGUUUCAGUCUGUCCUGACCUACCAGUUCGACAGUACACCCGAAUACUCCUCGCUUCUUCGCGCCAACACCCCGGUCUCGAGAAUGAUGACGACAUACACGAGAAGAGGUCCAGGUCAGACCUUUCUCAAAUCAGUUUUGGCUGAUAGAAUCAACAGCCUGAUUGAGCUCAAGGAUCUAGACCUCGAAAUCAACCCUCUCAAGGUCUAUGAGCGCAUGAUCGAAGAGGCCGAAGCGAAAGACCCUGAGAGCCCCGAGGCAAUGCUGCCCAAGGGAAUUACGCAGGAAGAGGCCGCUGAGAACCCAAAGGUGCAGGAGAUCAUCAACCCGCGGCUGACAAUGCUGACAGAGAUUGCCAAUGGUUUUUUGGAAACCAUCAUUGAUGGUCUCGAAGAAACCCCAUACGGAAUUCGGUGGAUUUGCAAGCAGAUUCGGAGUCUGACAAAGAGGAAAUAUCCCGAUGCCAAUGACCAGGUCAUUUGCACACUCAUUGGCAGUUUCUUCUUCCUUCGCUUCAUCAACCCAGCAAUUGUCACGCCCAAGUCGUAUAUGCUCAUUGACGGCAUACCCGCGGAGAAGCCGAGAAAGACGCUUACCUACGUCGCAAAAAUGCUCCAGAAUCUGGCCAACAAACCCUCAUACGCCAAGGAACCGUACAUGGCGAAGCUACAACCUUUCAUCCAUGCAAACAAGGACAAGGUCAACCGAUUCAUGCUCGAACUGUGCGAUGUGCAAGAUUUCUACGAGACACUUGAGAUGGACAACUAUGUUGCCCUUUCCAAGAAGGAUUUGCAGCUGGACAUCACACUUAACGAGAUCUACGCUAUGCACGGAUUGCUCGAGAAGCACGCUGGUGAGCUCUACAAGGAUGAGAACUCACAUCUGGCCAUCAUCAUGUCAGAGUUGGGUCCUGCUCCACCUCAGGUGCCGCGAAAGGAAAACAGGGUCGUCAAUUUGCCGCUAUUCAGUAGGUGGGAAACGGCCAUUGACGACCUGACCGCCGCCCUGGACAUUACCCAAGAAGAGGUUUUCUUUAUGGAAGCGAAGUCGAUCUUCGUGCAGAUCAUACGAACAAUCCCCGCGAAUUCGUCAGUAGUUAGGAGGCCGCUGCGGCUUGAACGCGUCGCAGAAGCGGCUGCAACGUCCAAGAAUGAUGCGGUUAUGGUCCGCAAAGGUAUUCGGGCGAUGGAGCUGCUAAGUCAGCUGCAGGAACUCAAGGUUGUCGACAAGAACGACCAAUUCUCGUUGCUACGAGAUGAGGUUGAGCAGGAACUUCAACAUCUCGGCUCUCUCAAAGAAGUCGUUAUGGCCGAGACUAUCAAGCUCGAGGAGGUUUACAAGACCAUCCGUGACCAUAACGCCUAUUUGGUCAACCAGUUGGACACUUACAAGAGCUAUCUCCACAACGUACGAAGCCAGAGCGAGGGCAAGACCAGAAAGCAACAGAAGCAACAGGUGCUAGGCCCGUACAAGUUUACCCAUCAGCAGCUUGAAAAAGAGGGUGUCAUUCAAAAGAGCAAUGUCCCUGAUAAUAGGAGGGCCAACAUCUAUUUCAACUUCACGAGCCCACUUCCGGGAACGUUUGUCAUCUCGCUGCACUACAAGGGUCGCAACCGAGGACUCCUCGAAUUGGAUCUCAAGCUCGACGAUCUCCUUGAAAUGCAGAAGGACAACCAGGACGAUUUGGACCUCGAAUACGUGCAGUUCAACGUCCCCAAGGUUCUCGCGCUACUCAACAAGCGCUUCGCCCGGAAGAAGGGGUGGUAG